AUGGCCCCGAAUACAGAAAGUCGCAUAACCGGUGUCUUGAAUGAAAAUGAUACCGAUACCAUCGAUGGAGGCUUGGCCAAAGAUAUAACACCAUUGAAAGGGGCCGAGAAACGAAAAGUCGAAUUGGUCUGGUUCAAUAUAAUCGUAUUUGUGUAUCUAUCGUGUAGUGCCUUCUAUGGGGCAUAUCUUUUUUUUGCAAGAGCUUAUAAAUGGCAAACUUAUAUAUGGUUCUUAUUCACCCUGUACAUGACAGCAUUUGGCAUUACGGUGGGUGCGCACCGUUUGUGGUCACAUCGUUCGUAUAAGGCUAAAUUACCGCUGCGUUUAAUAUUGCUCUUCUUCUCGACAAUGGCUUUUCAAAAUUCCAUCUAUGAAUGGUCACGCGAUCAUCGGGUCCAUCAUAAAUUCACCGAAACCGAUGCUGAUCCGCAUAAUGCUAUGCGUGGUUUCUUUUUCUCGCAUGUCGGCUGGUUGCUGUGCAAAAAACAUCCCGACGUUAAGACAAAGGGCAAGACAAUUGAUAUGUCCGAUUUGGAAGCUGAUCCGAUGCUAAUGUGGCAGCAUAAAUACUAUGGCAUAUUGAUGCCUCUACUGUGCUUCAUUUUCCCCACUUUACUGCCAAUGUAUUUGUGGGAUGAAACCUUUGUCAAUGCCUGGCAUAACACAGUUUUGCGUUGGUUUUUCUUGGUCAAUGGAACCUGGUGUAUUAACAGUGUCUGUCAUAUAUUCGGAACAAAGCCAUACGAUAAGAAUUACAACCCAGCUGAAAAUGCCCAAAUAUCCCUGUUUACUGUUGGCGAAUGUUGGCACAAUUAUCAUCAUGUCUUCCCGUGGGAUUAUAAGGCAGCCGAAUUCGGUGGAUCCUUCAACAAUUUCAGUGCUGCCUUUAUUGAAUUUUUUGCGAAAUUCGGUUGGGCCUAUGAUAUGAAAACGGUGCCGCCGCAUGUCAUACAGAAGCGUGUUCUACGUACCGGUGAUGGUAGCCAUCCAGUAUGGGGUUGGGGUGACAAAGAUCAAACGGGUGAAGAAAAGAAAUCGGCCAUAAUUCUGAAUAGGGAGCUAUAA